AUGAAUGAGGACGAUCCAUCGGAAACCCUUUGGCGGAUGCGUUCUGACAAACCCGCGUACACCGCGGCUCCCCUAGUAACAUCCUACAAGCUGGACGAGGGCUAUUCCGACGAUUCAAGAAGUCAACUGGAAGGUGAAGUAGGGAAUGAGUCUUCGUUUCUGCCGGACUGGAUUCUUGCCCACAGUGAACCGGAGAGAGCAGAGCUUGCCUACUCACUACUAAGCAGCUUACGAACUAGCUCUCUCUCAUCGAUUGUAGAGCGACUGCGGCCACUACUUCACAUGGAUCCCUUGCGCAGAUUACCUCCCGAGAUCACCGCGGAGAUAUUCUCAUAUCUCGACCCAGUUACAUUACUCAACGCAUCGCUCGCCUCGCGUGACUGGAGGAGUCGCAUCACCACUGAUUCGUGCCUAUGGAGAGGCAUGUACAUCAAAGAGGGGUGGAGAUUGGACUUUGGUGCUAUCAGAAAAUAUGAGCAACUGCAUUCCGAGCUAUCUGUGUCCCAGGGUCGCAAAACUCGGACUAGGCAUGCUGAUUCUGACGUAUCAGAACCUCAACUCAAAAGACGUGUUAUCGAAGCAGGCUUCCAGUCACAAGAAAUAUCUAAUGAUGCCUCAGACUCACAGUCCAGCCCUCCUUGGAACGAGCAGCAUCAGUCCUUAGAAGCAGACGUGCCAAACUCUCCCCUUGACGUCGAUGGCGAGCAAGAGAGUGAUGUGUACGUGGGUAGGCAUUCCCCCUUGUUGAUUAGGCUACCGAAUGGCACAGCAAAGAUAAACUGGCCUUAUCUCUACAAGCAACGGAGACGCCUGGAAGACAACUGGUUGAAAGCUCGCUUCACCAAUUUCCAAGUUCCCCACCCGAACCACAUUGAAGAGGCUCAUGAAGAGUGCGUUUACACCAUUCAGUUCAUGGGCAAAUGGCUGGUCAGUGGUAGUCGCGACAAGACAGUUCGUGUUUGGGAUAUGGAUCGAAGGCGUUUAAGCCUCCCACCACUUCGGGGUCAUCAAACAUCAGUGCUAUGUCUGCAAUUUGAUCCCAGUCCAGAAGAAGAUGUGAUCAUAUCCGGCGGUAGCGACAGGAAUGUCAUUAUUUGGAGGUUUUCCACUGGCCAGAAGGUCCUUGAAUUGACCAAUGCGCACCAUGACUCGAUUCUAAACCUGAAGUUCAACAAGAGUUAUUUGGUAACCUGCUCCAAGGAUCAUGCUAUCAAGGUGUGGAAUCGCCGGUCCCUCGAUCCACGGGACAAGGACUACCCUUCGGUUGUCAAGGGACCAACAGUUACAUAUCCUUCCUACAUUAUAGAUACCACCAAAAUAUCGCCAUCUGUGUUGGAGGCGGAGCUAGCCAGCGGCCAUAUAAAAGCAAUAGAGCCAUACAGUCUUUUGAUGACGCUUGAAGGUCAUGGCGCUGCUGUCAACGCAAUUGAGAUCAACGACGACGAAAUCGUAUCGGCCGCAGGAGACCGGCUGAUCAAAGUAUGGAGCAUCCGUAACGGGUCAUGCUUGAGGACAUUAAUGGGCCACAACAAGGGUAUUGCCUGCGUUCAGUUCGAUAACCGGCGCAUCAUUAGUGGUAGUAAUGAUGACACAGUUCGCAUCUAUGACCAUGCAUCCGGGGCUGAAGUGGCUUGUCUGAUAGGACAUACCAAUCUGGUGCGAACGGUUCAGGCUGGGUUUGGCGAUCCUCCUGGCGCUGAAGAAGCACUCCGGCUCGAGGCCCUUGCUGUGGACAGCGAUUUCUGGGAUGCCCAACGUAGUGGCAUCGUACCUUAUCAUCAACGAUGGCCAGCCGUCACUCGUCGCCGGAUGAAAUACCGGAAUGCCGGCUCAAAAGACCCACGAGAUAUUAUGGCCUUGGGCGCACGGAUUCCGCCAGGGGGCGGAGGAAGCCGAUGGGCUAGGAUUGUGUCCGGGUCAUACGAUGAGACAGUCAUCAUCUGGAGACAGGACCGGGACGGCAAGUGGCUAGUUGGACAUCGACUUCGCCAGGCGGAUGCCGUGACAAUGGCAAACUCGACAAGCGCACACCGUGCCCGUGAUAUAACAGCGCGUCGCAUAAUGCGAGCUAUGCCAGUGCUGCAACAUCAAGCUGCCAAUCCUCCUGCGGGUGCCGACGACAACAACAAUAAUAUUGAUAACCAAGGCGUUAAUGCACCCGGUGCGGUGCCACCGCAGGCCCCUCUAGGCAACAAUCCACCACCGGACCAAGUCCCACUUGCAGUUUUGCAUCAGGCGCAUGCAAUGAACGCAGCCGCUGCUCAAGCCCAGGCAGCCCAUAUUGUAGCUCAUCCACAUGGGUUCCCAGUACACCGACAACUGGUCAACCCUGCCGGCACCCCAGGUGGAUCGAGAGUUUACAAGGUUCAAUUCGACGCGCGCAAAAUCGUUUGCGCCAGUCAAGAUCGGCGAAUCGUCGGCUGGGAUUUCGCUGCUGGCGAUGCCGAACUCAUCGAAGCAUCCCAAUUCUUUGUGGGGGUAUAA